AUCGAAGAGCUAACAAAGACGAAGGAUCAACUCCAAAACGAAAAGGAGCAGUUCGAGAAGCAGGUCGAAACCCUGGAAAAGGACAAAGAUUCGCUGCAGACCGAUAAGGAAAAGCUCACAGAUGAAAAGGAAGACGCGGAAAAGAAAGCAGAAAAAUUGGAGAAGGAGGUCGCUGAGUUGACGGAAAAAUCCGACAAAUUGGACAACGCAAAGGAAGAAUUUGAAAAGAAAACCGAGCAGCUGGAGAAGGAGGUUGAUACGCUGAAAACCGACAAGGAAAAACUCACGGACGAGAAAGAAGAUGCGGACAAACAGGUGGAAAAGCUGACCAAGGAAGUCACCGAACUGACGCAAAAAGCGGACAAGCUCGAUGACGAAAAGGAUGGGUUUGAAAAGGAGGCAGAGAGUUUGAAGAAGCAAGUUUCGGAUUUGUCGGAGGAAAGGGACAAAUUGAAGGACGCGAAGGAAGACGGGGAUAAGAAGGUCGAGAAAUUGGAAAACGAGGUGAAGGAGCUGAGCGAGAAAAGCGACAAGUUGGACGACGAGCGCGACCAAUUAGAGAAAGAUUUGAACGCUUUGAAAAAAGACCACGACAAGCUCACCGAGGAAAACGACAACAACAAAGACGACAAGGAGCGCGAGGCGGCCCGGGCGGAGAAGCUGAGCGGGCAGCUGGAGGAGGUGACGAAGAAAAAAGACGAGCUGAAAGAGGAGAACGAGGAAAAUGAAAAAGAGAUCAAGCAUAUGGAUUGCAAAUAUGUCUGGGUCUGGAAGGUUGGAACUUGUAAUGCUAGCUUUCCAUACCUAGAAAAUCUGUAUUGCGUAACCUCUUUUGUACAUGCAGAAACGCAGUUUCUCAUGCGGAUUGCCUAUGAGAAACAAGCGUUCUGGAAAAUUGUCAUGGUGGGUUGCAUUCGCAACUGUUUCCAUCAUCCACAUUUUAGCAUCACAAGUUUCCAGACCCAGACAUAUUUGCAUUUGAUAAAGCAGCUCAAGAAAGACAAGGACAAUCUGCAGACGGAAAAGGAAAAUGCGGAGGACGAUUUGAAAAAGGCAAAUGACAAAAUGGAAAAAAGUAUCCAGAGUGAAAGAGAAGUGCUUAAAAAUAAUCGCGUAUUGAAUGAUGUUCUUGUGCCGAAUACUGCGUGUCAGUCUGAACAGACAUCUCUCUGUCGCUGAGCAUAGCACCUUUCAACAUUCAGACAAAAUUAUUUACUGCGCUGUUGAUGUGCACCUGCACCAUCUGCUUCUGCAUGUUAAGUACGCUUACACAGCACAGCACUCUUUUGCUCUGCAUAAAGCAAGAAAAGGAGGUCGAGGAGAUGAAGGAGGAGAAGAAGAAAAACAAGGAAGAAAUGGCCGAAAUGAAAAAGGAAAAAGACGCUGCAGAGAAAGUUGCAAAGGAGGCGGAGAAGGUGCAAAAGGAUUUAGAGCGAAAAAUCACGGAUUUGGAUAUGCAUCGCAAAUAUGUCUGGGUCUGGAAAAAUGCAAACUUGUGAUGCGCAUUUCACAACACAUAAAAAAAUCUCUCAUGCAUAGGCAGCAAAAGCUGCCCGCUUCUUGUCACCAAAAUGGGGCAUUUGUCAUGCGGAGUCGGCAUUGCGGAAGCUUCUCGAAAUCUGUGAUGCUAGAGCUUCCAUGCCAGACCUUCGCUGUCAUGCAAAAGCAGCAUGACUCUUCCAGACCCAGACAUAUUGGCACUUGAUAUUGGAGGAAGACGUGCAAAAGCACGUGGAGAAACGAGAAAAGUUGGAAAAAACCAAUGACGAACUGGAGGAGAAAAUAAAAGAGAAGGAUAAAGAACUGAAAACCCUCGAGGACGAGAAAAAGACCGCCGUCCGGGAUAUGGCUUGCUCCGAUGUUACAAUUUUUUCAAACGUUACAAUAGAAUCUGGAGUUUGUCUUGCAUGCUGUACAUGACAGAAUCGCGGCAGCGCGUUCCACUUUCUGCAACACAAAUUCCGGCAGAUGAUUCCAGUGCGGUUUGGGGCUCCGAAACUUGUCAUGCGCAAUCCUGCGUGAGCGGGUUAGCUCAUGCACUUCUUGUAUCACAGAUUUCCAGAUUCUAUUGUAACGCUUGAGAUAUUAGUGACACCUGAGCGGGUUUUUAUACGGGAAAAGGAAGCGGCGGAGAAGCAGACGGAAAAACUGCAGGGGGAAGUGGAGAAAUUGAAGGAGAAGAACGAGGAACUGCAGAAAAAAUGGGAGGAGUUCGAGCCAGAAAUGAAGAGGGCGAAAAGCGAGAAGGAAGAGGCGGAAAAGCGCGAACAGGCCGUCACCAUAUCCUGUGCAAAAGUAUCGUACUCGUAUUGCAAUCAUGCAUUACAAAUCCUUUUGCUAAGGUAAAUCCGCAUUACAAAUUGCAUUUCUCAUGCUGAGGAAAUUGGUAAUGCAUUUUUUAUACGAGUGCGAUGCUUUUGCAGUUCAUACACCAAGGAAAGGGACAACUUAAUCGAAGAGAAAAAGAAAGUUGAAGAGGAGUUGGAGAAGACAAAAAACGACUUGGAGGAAAAAAUCGAAAAUUUAAACCAAGAAAAAGAACUCUUGUCCGCGACCACCCUCGUCGUUCAGAACGAAAACAAGAACGUCAAAGCGGAAUUGGAAAAUCUCCAGCAAUUGCACGCCGAUCUGCAGUAUGAAAUGCAAAAGCAUCGUACUCGUAUAAAUGCAUUACAAAUUAUUUGAAUUUCCUCAGCAUGCGAAAUGGAAUUUGUGAUGCGGAUUUACCUUAAAAAGAAAAUUUGUAAUGCAUGACCGCAAUUACUACGAGUGCGAUACUUUUGCAGUUCAUAUGCAGACCCGGCACGACGAGGGGGUUCUUCAGGUGGAGAAGCUUACCUCGGAAGUGGAAUCGCUUGUAGCGGAGAAAAAUCAAUUAAUAGACGAACAGGGAAAACUGCAGCAGGAGCUGGUGGAUCUGCGAGAGGCGAAGCAGAAGGAGAUCGAAGAGUUGAAUCAGCAACUGUCCACGCUAACCGACCAGCACACAACCUUGGACGCCACCAUGACGAGUUUUCGGGCGAACACGGUUAUGCAUUGCAAAAGUAUCGUACUCGUAUAAAUGCAUUACAAAUUUGCUCAGCAUGAGAAAUGAAAUUUGUAAUGCUGAUUUGCCUUAAGAGAGAGACCAGCCACCCCCCGGCGGAGGCCGCCGGGGAGGGAGGCUGUUCGGAGGAGGUGUUCCAACGGGGAAGGCGAUGCCAAGGGUGGCGCGCCGCUGCACAGCCAAAAAAGCAGGCGGGGCCGCGCCGGUCUGACGGGGUUGGCCCAGAAAGCGCAGCGCACACACGCAGGCAGCGAUACCUCCGCGGCCUGCGUUCUUUGUUGGCGAAAAAAGCAGCGCCCGGGGCCGGGGGUUGUUGGCCUUUCUUGGAAGGGGAGUUGGUUGCAGGGGUGCACCCUGAACAGGGGGAGUGCCGCUUCUACAAGGUGGCGAGCUGGAAUCCUGUUAGGCAGCGAGCACGCGGCGGGGCCUGCAUGUGCUUGCGAAGGCUAAUGCGCUAUGCUUGCGCCGAGAGACAACGGGCAGAGAAAAGCUGUCGCUACUUUAGUCGCAACCACUUUCGCGCCGCUACAAAGACGCAACACCUGCUGCCCGCGCGCGGGCACUGUGUGAAGUUGCGGCCACCCUAGGUGGCCGCCUACGUUAAGGCGUGGCGCCGCGCCCCCCCCGGGGGACGCAGAGCGGCGCAUGCACUUUGAACAGCCGCCCUGGUCUGCCCUGGAGUCAAAAAAGAAAAACUUGCAGGGGAGGCCUGAACUUUUAGGCCCUAGCUUUGUUUAUUCUUACUCUAGGACACAGGCACUGCGCGCAGACGGGCGAGCUUCACUGUGCGGGCGGUUCUGGUAGAGGGUCCGGGAGAGGGUCCCGGAGAGGGUCCGGGAGAGGUUCGGAGAGGGUCCGGGAAAGGUUCGGAGAGGGUCGCGAAGAGGGUCCGGGAGAGGGUCCAAGAGGUCCCGAGAGGGUCCGCCGAGAGGUAAAAAAGAGGUUCCCGGAGAGGGUCGACAUAGAGGGUCGCUUAGAGGGUCGCCCUAUACUGUGGAACCUCUCUGACCCUCUCGACCCUCUCCCCCUACCCUCUACUUGACCUCUACUCAACCUCUACGCACCCUCUUCGGGCGUAUAGCGCCGCUAUACGGUCCCCUAUACUGCGCACCCUCUCCCGACCCUCUCCGUACCCUCUCACUUUACCUCUCCCCGACCCUCUUGUUUUGGUCGACCCUCUACUUUACCUCUCCGACCCUCUGUCUAACCUCUACGAAACCUCUCCCCAACCUCUAUCGGACCCUCUCCGGCCCCAAAGUUUGCCUUAUAUAAAUAUAUUAAUUUGUAUUGCAUGCUUGCAAUUACUAACUACGAGUACGAUACUUUUGCAUUGGAUAACGGUGGAUUUGGAGCAAGAUUUGCAGUUGAUGAUCGAGCAGAAAACGAAAGAAGCGGAGUUUCUGGACCAGGAGUUGCAGAAAGCGAUGCUGGAAUUGGAAAGAAACCGGGAACAGCAAGAGAUGAUGAAGGAAGAUUGGCGAAUAUCACACCAACAUAAAGUUUUUCUAGCUUUAGCGAAAUUUCUCUUGCUGUCCGGCAAGGCAAAAACUACGACCGGAAUUUGUAUUGCAUACCGUGCAUGUCGGCGACUGUUUGUCUUGCAAGAACGCGAGUGCGAGUAGUAAGAUCGCUACCGCUACCAAAUGAACUUUUUUGUUCAAUAGCGAAACCAGCAAGUCAAAUGGGAGCUCCGCUGGACAACGGAGGUCGCCUGGAAUAUGCACUGCAAAAGCAGCGUACUCGUACUAAUCGCAGUCAAGCAUUUUUACAAUUCUCGAUCUAAUGGCAAAUCACAAUCAGCAUUACUCAUGCUGAGGAGAUUUGUGAUGCAAUUCAUACUAGUACGACAGGACGCUUUUGCACUGGAUAUGGAACCGCGAACGACAAAACAUGCUGAUCGAAGAGGGGAUCGCGCAGGAGGUAUUGAGAGGAAAAAUCCCCCCCUCCAUAUCAAAACGGAAAUCUGUGAUGCAGAUUUGUUGUCACAAAUCAGCUUUGUCAUGCUACACGGGAAAAGAUGCGGACUGUAGUGCUGGGUGGCGUGGGGGAGCCUUGCAUCUUCAGCAUGAUAGGAGGCAGCUGAGAGUGGGAAACAGCAUGACAAAUUGCCUGCAAACGAGACCACGACUGCGGCUCUUGGCCUUCUAGCAUGACAACUCGAUUUGGUACCUCAAAUCCUGCAUCACAGAUUUCCACUUCGAUAUGGGGAGGGGGGAUUUUUCCGUUGGAUAGGAGGUGCGGAUGGUGGAGAAUUUUGAAAUGGAUAAAGAAGAAAGACGGGUUAUUAAAAUGAAAAAUGCCCUCAACCCGGAUUUUGCAAAAGUUUCUCAUGCAUAAGGUUUUCAAACGAAGAACUUUUUAUCUAUGCAUGAAAGGACUACGAGCCUUGCUGAUGCAGAAUCUGGCUGCGGAACGUAUCUUUUGCAUGACAGAUCCGGCUACUGCUGGGCUCCUUUGCAACACAGAUUUGAGAUAUUCAGCAUGGAAAAUUUGUGAUGCUGAUAUAUGCAAGACGGGAGUGUUUCUAUUGGAAAGGUUUGCAUGUUCUAACGCUGCCAAGUUCGGGGGUGCUGCGGGCAUUUUUCAUUGUAAUACUGGUUCUCGCGCGCGAAAACUUCAACAUGGGCUACGAGGAUUACUUGUCGCAUCGACAUCGGUUAAUCCAAACGAACGAGGAGGAGAAGCUCCUCGAACUGGAAAGGAAAAAUUACCAGAUCGAGGACAUCCUCUCGCAGCGGCGUAGGUUAGUAGAGAAUUACGAAGAUGCGAAGCUGUUGCAGUUUGAGAGGGACUCGCACUGGAAGGAGGACUUGUACUCGCAAAUCUGGGAGGACUACAGAAAUCAUGUGGAUACUGUGGAUACGAUGACGAACGAGAAGAUUCUCACCCGGGAGAGGGAACAUCUCUUGUACGAGGAUUUAGACGCGAACUACGUGAAACUCUACCUGCACAAGGAAGAGCUGGACCGCAUCAUCAAAACUUUGACAACCGAGAGGGACGACCUGAAGAAGGAGCUGCAAGAGUUUAUCGAGUCGCAGGACUACCUGGCCGAAAAACGGGACGAAAAGGUGGAAGAUUUGCAGCAGGUUGUGAAGGAGAAAGAUGAGAAAUACGAACAUGACAUGGUGGAGGAGAAGAACAAACACCAAUUAAUCUUGAACGAAAUCCGACAAAAGCACGAGGAUUUGGUCACCGGUUUGAACUUAAAAGUCCGGAAAGCGCUAAACAACGAGCAAGUCAUGCAGGAACAGAAGGAGCAAAUCGAAAGCGAGUACGAGUUUUUCAAGCUUGAGUACAAGAUAUGACAGCGCACAACUCCCCGUGUCCCCCUCAUUUGUCAUGCAAAAUACAGAAUCCACCCUUUGCUUCUUGGCACUGUUUGCAUGACAAGUUCUGGUAGUCCAAAUAGAACUACAAUCCAGUGCAAACUUGUCAUGCAAAACCGGCAUUCUUGCUGAUGCUUGUAUUGCCGUUCAUGCUAUACAAAUGAGGGGGAGGAGGAGCGGUGCACUGUCAUACAAAAAGGAGCACAUGAAGUGGAGCGCGGAUUUGAAGCAGAAGGAAACUGUAUGAAAUGCAAAUAUGUCUGGGUCUGGAAACUUGUAAUGCUGAUUUUUGAAUGGUGAAUUUUCUGUAAUGCGCAGCCAACAUGAGAGAUUUUUGCGCGGCUUCGUGUUGCGCUUUCCGCAUGACAAGCUGCGUUUUGCAUGACAAGCAAGAGGGUCUCUUCUUGGACACGCAUCGCAAACUCUUCAGUCAUGUCAGACAAGCAUGACAGACCUUGCAUCCUUCCAGACCCAGACAUUUUUGCAAUUGAUAAUCUGAAGUGGAUCUAGAGAAGCAGAAGAUCGUCCAGAUUGAGAAAGACUUCACGAUAAAGAUCCAGAACAAGGGGCGGCAAAUGGAAUUUUUGAACGAAGAGAAACUAAAAAUUGAGACCCAGAUGGGGAAGUUGCGGGUGAAGCACACCGAACAGCGAACCGCCUGGCAGGAAGAAAUGGACAACGUUGUAGUGGUUCUAGACUCCUACAAGGCGGACGCGCGGAAGACCGCGGUUCUGCUGGAAGAGCACGACAAAAUCGUGCAGCUGAACAAGGACUUGGAAGCAGUAAUUUCGCAACUGAAGCUGCGCAUCGAAGAGCAGAACCGGCAAUCGAUGCUGACCAUGGACGAGAAGCUUCUAGAGGAGAAGCAAAAGCAGAAGAGAAUAGCGGAAAGGCUGAGAAGAGUGAAGGACGAGAACAAAAGGCUGUUUGCGUUGAAGGACUUCAGAUCCGUGAAAUUGCGGAAGAAGGUGCAGUAUCAACUGCAACUAUGUCUGGGUCUGGAAGGAUACGAACUUGUGAUGCGUGUUGCGGAGCAUACAAAAAUCUUGUAUUUCAUAACUCGCAAGAACAAGAGAUGCCCACGUCUCCUGGGCCUGCUCGGAGGGUGUUAUUUCUCAUGCAACGGAGGAAUCACGUUCACGGCCAAGGGCAAGGGGCUGCAGUACCUGUGAUGCUAGACCCUGCAUUCCAGACUUGGUGGAGCUUGGAAAAACUGCAUCACAAAUCUCGCAAUCUUCUGGAGGACCCAGACAUAUUUGCAUUUGAUACGCAGAACAUCGUGGAGGCGAACUGCCAGUACGUGUUGGAGCAGGAACGGAAAAAGUUGUUGGAAAAAUACGGAUAUGCAAUGCAAAAGUGCUAA